CUAGUUCUCUACACUGGCACCUCCUCCUGGCAGGCGACUUUGCCAUAUUCCAUUCCUCCUCACACGAAGAAUCUGGCUGGAUUCCAAAGCAGCAACUUUUGUAUGAGCCUUCCUGCAUUGUUGCCGUGCAAAGUCGACAUGAAAGGCUGGAUUGCUCACUUCCUCACAGGGACCCUUUCUCAAUGGUGGUAGUUACUCGUGAUCAGGGCAAUGGCCUCUGUCAGCGUGACAAUUGUUCAGUUGCCGUGCAUUGACGCUGCCAGCAUUGAGGGAAAUUCAGAGGUUACCACUUCUAGAUUCUCGAGCAUGGCUUCCUCCAGAGCCAAGUCGACGUCAGUACAUCCCGAUACUCACAGUUCUGAUCAGUGUCCUGCACCGCAACCUCCUUUUAAACAUGUCCCUACUGCAUCCGUCCCUCCACUGCCACCAUCGCUUCAGCAAAGCCUCUCUCAAAAAAGGCUCUCCACAAGCGGGAGAGUAACCCUAUGCGUCUUCAAAGCCAGUCUCCACCGCUUUCGCCAGCGAUCCACCCCUUGGUUGUCAGAUCGUCGUGCUCGUUAUCUCCACACACUCCCCCCGUGCCCAAGUUCGCGAGCAGCGUCACGGCUCGGCAAUGUGGAGAUUUCCAAGCCACGAACCGUUUCGUUCAAUCAUCAAAUGUUACUGCCAGGGAUUCCAUCUCUCCAGCUGUGACUGAAUCCCCGAACGCAGAUGGACGUGGAAAUGGAAAGCUUGAUGCUUGUUUCGCAACAAGUCCAAUCUCAAAGCGCAAGAGAUCAGCGGAAGGGAUUGAGUCCGGCUCGACCGUUCCGGCUGAAACCUCCAGACAAAUUGGUCUCGUUUUGUCAACCAAUGAUGGACAACCUCCUCAUUUGACAGGGAUGGACGCUGCUGUCAGUAGUCAACCUGCCGCAUCAGGAAUAUUUGAUCAGAAUGCUUACGCGACCAAUAUCAAUGCCUCGUUGACGUCACCGUCAAGUGCGAAGAAGCUGUGUAGCCAGCACGAGUUCUGUGCGGGAUUGUCAAAUGCGGCAGACACACGUGAUGCUUCUACGGGGAGUCCUGUAUCGGAUAACGCAGCUCACAAUCGUGGGAGCGGAAAUGCAACUGGACCCGCGGAGUUACAGCGAAGAAUCCUCUUUCCCUCGGAAUACAGCCAGGUGGUGCCUACGAUUCCGUCAUCACCAUUGACCAUGAUAAUGACCCCGUCUGCUGAUAAGUAUCCUCGCUGCGUCUCACAUGACAAAAGUCCGCUUCAGCGCUCCGUGUCAUGCUGUAUCAUGACUCCCAUGGGGCCUCCAGCAUCUCCCCGCUCACCUAAUCAGCUUCGAAAAUCUGGCAGCUUCGGGGUUGCCUCCUCCCCGCGUUACGUGCCAUUGGCUCCGCGAAUUAAGGCGUCGCCUCCUCUGACUCCAUCUUCCAUUCCGCUAUUCCACGGCUCACCAGUCAUUCCGCCUGUUGGCCAGAGAGCUGCGAAGAUCUUUGGCUUGAUGGGAAUAAAUGCUUGUGCUAGCCCCUCUCUUACUGCAACAAACAGCCAUUGUCCGUUGAAUGCUGCUCCUUUACCGCCUUCGCCGCUGCUGACAAAGUCGCAAAGUUACUCCGUUACCCUCUCUCCAGGGAAAGCCGUCAUGCAGCAGAGCAAGGGUGUGAUCACAAGGAGUCUAAGCGAUCCUCGCUUAUUUCUCACCAAGGACUCUCUUCCGCCUCCAGAUGCCUCACAAUAUUCUGCUCAGGGAGAACGUCAGUCGCUGCCGUCGCCUGGCGGAUGGGCUCUGCAACGAAGCAGUUCCGCUACAUGGUCACCCAUGUGCCAUCCCAAAUGGCGUCGCCUUUCCGACAGCUUCAAUCUCCUGCUGCGCUCCCCCUACCGCCGCCAGCCCAUCCUGUCCAGAGCCCGAUUCCUGUGGCGCAGCUUUCUCCUCAUCUGCGCGCUAGACCAUCAACCAGCUCUGCAGGCUGCUGUUCGUCUCCCGUGGGACCUGGUGUGCAUAAUGGGCUUGGAUGGGUGGACCGGCUGUCCGAUAUAGCGAAGCAAAAGGCCAACGCCAUGUCCGCGGCUUCUCACGAUCUCACGCCAAGGAGGACCACGCUUCACUCUGGAAGCCAACCUGUGGGAUGCGCAAGUCCGGCUGGUAACCAGCCUCAGGGUUACAUCGCACUGGAGCUGCAGGUCGGGCAGACGAUGCAGAUCCGGAGUGGUUGCAGCUCUACAGUGGCAUUAGCAUUUUCGGCUGAUGCUAUGGGGUCACGCGGAAGCCAAUGCAGGGUCCGCCUUCUUCUGGAAAGGCCUCUCCGAUGGGAUCUCGACCUCUUACAGGAGGGCUUCUCAACAAUUUACAGCCUCGGCUGCUGCCGUCGUCACGAUCCCUUCAACAGGUCACUGAUACACAUGGAACUGACCAGCAGCAGCAACCCAUGCGUCUCCAGUCAUCUGAGCCGCAGCAGCAGCAGUCUAAACUUCAACAGGAGGCUCAGCAGAAGCAGAAUAAGCUACAUGCAAACUCAGGGAUCCAGGGAGACUCGAGACCCUUGCAACCAACAGAGGAUUUGCAGCAGCUGCAGCAGAAGCAGCAACACCAGCAGUGUGCAACGGCGAAUGCUCAUCAGCCAAGUCUUGAUCAUUGCCACAGCUAUCACUACCAGCAACAGCAGCAUCAGCAAUCGAGCUACCAUCAGCAACAGGUGCAGCAGCGUCAGCCCAAUCCGAGCACCAGUCAGAGGUCUCCUCAGGCAGAGUUGCAGGAUGUUGUGAACACAGUGCCUCUGCUGGUGAAUGCCGCACCUGCAUGUGACUCGACUUCUCCGCAUCCCACCCGUGCCUUCUCACACAUGGAUUGCCCUGUGGGUAUGAAGAAAUCCGAGUCAGUGUGUGACAGCUCUGCCACUUCGGUUUCACGUGCUCCUGCUCCGCUUCCACGUGCAUCGACUGCUCCUACUGCUUCACAUACAGCUAACUUGGACCACUAUACGAGCUCGAUGCUUCUUCAGCAAAGCAGCAUCUUUCAAGGAGAAACGGAUCCAUGCUCAGAGCAACAUCUAUCGGCUCCUCCCGGAAACUUCACCAAUGCGCUUCCUUUUGGCCAUGGAGGAAUUCUAACCAAUGAUCACCUUACAACAGGCCUAGACUACAUGGCUUCUCCGGUUGAUGACAUGGAUGGGGCUACCUGGACCGAUGCUGGUCUGGCUACAGUGCAAGAACUGGAGCUGCAGGAGCUAGAAGUACUGGAAUGGCUGCCUGACAAUGACAUUGGGGCAAGCGGUUUCUUUGACCACAUUGACCAUGGCUUGGAUCAGGCAGGGCUUGAAGGUGCAAUCACAUUGGCUAAUGAUGACAAUGGCGAGCAAGAUGUUGACGAGGAGGAGGCUGCAGAGCUGGAGCCACAGCAGUUUGCUAACUCGGCAGCGGUGAGCACUGAUGGUACACUGCAUCCGGUCAAGUUGCCUGAAGCUGGACAAGACGGCGCUGCCUUUGAGCCAGAGACGAAAGGAGCCGAAAUGGAAGGUCCUGCAGUGGAGAUUGCUGGGUGGACAGCACAAGGGAUGCCAGUGAUUGUGGAAGGAGAGACUAUGGGGAGAGGCAAUGGAAUGAGUGGGUCUGUGAAUCCUGGCUCUGCAUCAGAAGCAGCUGCUGUGGUGGAAGAUGGAGAUCAGGGCGUCCUAGUGGAAGUGCCACAGAGCAGGAGGAGAUGGCAUGCCUCAAGUGCACUGAAGACGUGCAGCUGUGGUGUCCUAUGGAGUACUGAUUCUGUAAAGCUGACAAGCGUGACGUAAGAGAGCGCAAGCUUGCAUCGCUGUGUGACAUAACUCUGCUCUGGCGAAUCCCUCGCUACUGAAUGACCAGUUACUGGAAGACUUGUUCAAGCUGGAUCCAGGAACUUAGGAGAGUACUUUGUGAAGUUCUGGCAGUAAUGACCUUCAGCUAUGCUUCUGACAACAACCUACCUUCAUCUGCUGGCAUUCAAUGCAUUGUGUGCUGAAGUAACUUAUACUACAG